AUUAGCAGCGUGCUGGCGAGACGUCGGCUCCUAAUUGGCUGAGAGGACGGAUGGAGGGGGCGUGGCUAAAUAAAACAGGCGGGGUUUGCGGUACAAGAAAGCACGACCACAUCUGUCUUUUUUAUUUUGAUGCGGACAUCAUUUCCAAGUUCAGUUAAAUAAAUCAAGUUUCAAUCACAACAGGUCAUACGUAAUAUAGUUCGUAGAAACUGAUUAUUUAACAGAUGUAUGGUCCUGACGGCAAAGGCUACUGUGCAGUUAUCGACCCGCCUCGACUUCUUGUGGAAACCUUUCAAUCCGAACAGGAUACAGAAGAGUCGAUAAAGAAGUUCUCACCAAGAUCGAUUUAUCUUUCUUAGCCGGCGGCCUCCUCAACACCCGCCAGUCGUCCAGCCAGCAGGUGGGUCAGAGAUGGCGAUCGCUCAUGUCGCCACCGAGUACGUGUUCAGUGACUUCCUGCUGAAGGACCCGACCCAGGCACGCUACCAGAACAUCCGCACAGAGCUGGCCGUGGACAAGAUGGUGACCUGCGUGGCGGUGGGCCUGCCUCUCCUCCUCAUCUCGCUCGCCUUUGCACAGGAAGUGUCCGUCGGAACUCAGAUCAGCUGCUUCGCUCCGUCUAACUUCUCGUGGAGACAGGCGGCCUACGUGGACUCGUAUUGCUGGGCCUCGGUGCACACACACGCACUGCCCCUGUGGCUGCACAAGUUCUUCCCCUACAUCCUGCUGCUGGUGGCCGUGCUGAUGUACACGCCGGCGCUGUUCUGGCGCUUCACGGCCGCGCCCCUGCUCCAGUCGGACCUCGGCUUCAUCAUGGAGGAGCUGGACCGCUGCUAUAACCGAGCCGUCACCCUGGCCAAGCGCAUGGCCACGCACGACCUGCCCUCAUCUGACGGUGACCCCACCGACGGCUGCUUCAUGUACCCCCUGGUGGAGAAGUACCUGGUGACCAAGCGCUGCUCCCGGGGGGUGCUGGUCCGAUACCUGGUGUGUCGCGGAGCCACGCUGCUCAUCCUGCUGUGUGCGUGCGUGUACCUGGGCUACUACCUGCGGCUGGCCUCCCUCACCGACGAGUUCGGCUGCUCGCUGCGCACCGGCCUCUUGGUGGACGACCCCACAGUCCCGGAGAAGGUGCAGUGCAAGCUGAUCGCCGUAGGGGUCUUCUCCCUGCUCUGUCUCGUCAACCUGGUGCUGUUCUCGGCGUUGGUUCCCGUGGUCAUCUACGCCGGUCUCCGCCCCCUCCUCUGCAUCGGAAACGCCAGCUUCCUGGACACGUACCAAUCGCUGCCCACCGUCAGCGUUCUGCCCCGGCCCGGCGGCCAAUGGGACGACCUGGCUCUGUACCUGCUCUUCCUGGAAGAGAACCUCAGUGAACUGAAGUCUUACAAGUACAUCAAGGUGUUGGAGCUGCUGAAGCGCAGGGGGGAGUGUUCCGGCGAGGACUUUGACAGUAUGGGGCUGCUGCAGACGCUGUGCCUGGUGAAGAUGGAUGCGGUUGACGGCAAGAAGGCCCCGAGAGGCGCUGAUAAACGGGCCGACCUCGGCGCCCCCAGCCCCAACGGCAGCCCCGGCCUGCCGGGCCCGACCAACACCCCCAGCCCCGGUGGCGUGCCCAGCAGGGAGGGGUCGAAGACGGGCUCGGUGGCCGACAGCACCGGCCAGGAGACAGAGAUGCAGGAAUUCACUCGAUUGCUCCGAACAGACAGCCAUGUGAUUGGCGGAAGCCAACUGCCGUAGGGUGGGCCAGUUGGCAAGGGCACCGUCUGAUUGGUUGCUGUUGUUGGCCGGGCAUCCGCUGCUUUGGAUGUGACUAUUGGAUGUGUUCUCGUGGAGCAGUGUCUCCUGCUCUCUGUCCUGUACCGUUUUACACACCACCCUGUGCCGACACGGGUCCAGCCUGUUUACAUGUUCUCAAUCUGGUUCCUUACAGAGGAGCCUUGCCUACAAGCUGCUGGAGUACAUGUGUUAUUUUGGAUUCACUGAAUGUGUCGCAACUGCUGGUACUUAUUAGAUAGCGAAGUGUGUGUGUGUGUGUGUGUGUGUGUGUGUGUGUGUGUGUGUGUGUGUGUGUGUGUGUGUGUGUGUGUGUGUGUGUGUGUGUGUGUGUGUGUGUGUGUGUGUGUGUGUGUGUGUGUGUGUGUGAUAGCUUACUUAAAGGGGCUUCUAAUUUAGAAAUUUCAAACCAUUUCAAAAUCAGCCGGACGGGUGAGAGUCCGCCCAGAAGUUGGUAUAUUUAAGUUAAAGUAUAAAUGGGGGCCCUUUUACUUUUACCAUGUGUGGCAACCAUUGUCAUAUUUUAGUGUCCAGAGGUCGGUUUGAACAUUAGCAAUAGUCAGUUUUUUUUUUGUGUCAUACCGACUCAACUUAUCAACUAUCAACCAUCGAAUUUAUUCCUGGUUAUUAUGGGGAAAAUAAUUAGCUACCUUGUACUAAACAUGUACAUUAACACUAAAUUGUGCAGAUACUUCAAUGACCAGUGGGAGCUCAAGACAAUCGUUUGAUACCUGGUACGACUACCCUGCAAAUGAUGCAACGUAAAGAUUUUUCAGGAUUGUAACCUAGUUUACCUUUUUUAUAUUACUUGAACAACCAGCUUUCCUGGUACCUUCCUAAAUCCUGUUAAAGCCAAACAUAAUAAACACACUUAAUCUUUGUUCAGUAUAAGCCAAAGUGAAGCUAGCUAGCCAAGAUCGAUGUGUGGGGUGGUCAUUACCCAUGAUGCACUGCUUCCUCACGUACCAAUACCUUGGCUGCAGCUACUCUCGAUCAAAAUUUGCCAAGCCUACUCCAAUACUAAACCAUAGUGCAUCAUGGGAAAUUAGCCCAAACGUAACUGACGCCUUUGCCCUCAGACAAGUUAUGAACAAAAGGCCUUCCAAACAUAUAAUAUUCAACGCUUAAUCUUUCAAAUAUGUUCAUAUUGACAGGUUGUUAAAUGUGCCAUUUGUUCAGGAAUCUCAGGGAGUUUUGCUUCUUAUGUGUUGUGCCUUUAAGAUGUUCUUGUGCCUGUAACUGUCUGCCUGUGAACUGUCUGCCUGUGAACUGACAUUUAGUUUUGUAAUUUGUAUGAGGCAUGUUAUAAACUGUUCUUUCAAUGUCAAUAUGGCAACAAUGACUGAUGUUUCGCUUUAGCAUGUUAUGCUAUUGUAGUUAGUCAAUCAAAAACAUUCAGCUUUUAAUGUACCUGAACCUUUAUAAAUUAGUUAAGGAUGAGUCUGGGAUUGCCAAUAUAUUUGUAUUAGUUUGUUACUGCCUUUUGUACAUUUGUAUGGCAAAUGUAACUAAUUUUUAUAGGUUUUAAAGACAUUUUAAAAAUUUCAAACUUUGAAUUAUCACAUGAAGUCCAACUAUUGAUGACUCAAGACUAUACAAUAAUAUUCAUUGGAUGAUAUUUUGUAUUUGUAAUGUCAUAAGUUCAAAUGUCAUAUUAGAGGGGGUUGUACAGUUACAGUUCAGUUACAGCUAUGAUUCCUAUUAAUCAAUUGGCUUGAAUUAAGAGUUGAUUCCCUUUCAAAACAUGUUGGGACUGCUCUCUUCCUCUCUUCAUAUAUAUAUAUAUAUAGAUAGAUGGAUAUAAUGGAUGCAGUCUGAAAUACAGCUCCAUAUAGUAUCAGACGGUGUUUAGAUUCUGUAUGGCUAUAUAGAGCUAACCACACCCAUCUUACAAUGUCCUUUUCAUGGAGGAGAAAGACAAUUCCAUUGCUGAGAAACCACUAUCACUGUCUAUCCCACCUCUAAUUUAAUUCCCCAUGCUUAAAAAAGCAAAACCUUUUUGAGGCAUGGAUGAACAGUUUACUAGUGAAUGUGCCCACUUUUCCUAAAAAAAAUAUAUAAAACUGGCACCCAU